UGCGCACAAGAAAGAGUCCUUGGAUGCACCGUCUGCUCUAGGUUAAGUGGGCGAAUGUCAAAAUGCAGAGUUGGAACCAACUAUAUCGCACCCUGGCAAAGCGGGGUUCACAUCUCCCAUGCAAACUCCAUCAAACAACUGCUUUGUCUGUAAGGACAUAUGCUGACAAGGCCCAGAUUGAAGCUGAUGUAACAGUUGUGGGUUCGGGACCUGGAGGUUAUGUUGCUGCAAUUAAGGCAGCACAGCUUGGUUUCAAGACAGUAUGUGUGGAGAAGAAUGCCACCCUUGGGGGAACCUGCUUGAAUGUCGGCUGCAUACCAUCUAAGGCGCUCUUGAACAAUUCUUACCUCUAUCAUCUUGCACAUGGAAAGGACUUUGAAAACAGGGGCAUUGAAAUUUCAGGGAUAUCACUAAACCUGGAGAAGAUGAUGGCCCAGAAGAGUGGGGCAGUCAAAGCUCUGACAGGAGGCAUCGCACACUUAUUUAAACAGAACAAAGUGACACAUGUCAGUGGCUUUGGAACCAUCACUGGGAAGAACCAGGUCACAGCAAAACUCGGUGAUGGCACUGAGCAAGUCAUCAACAGCAAGAACAUACUGAUUGCCACUGGAUCAGAAGUCACACCUUUCCCUGGGAUUCAGAUUGAUGAGGAAACUGUCGUGUCCUCCACGGGAGCACUCAGCCUGAAGAAGGUUCCACAAAACCUGAUUGUGAUCGGAGCAGGAGUCAUCGGAGUGGAGCUGGGUUCUGUAUGGCAGCGAUUGGGAGCUAAAGUGACCGCCGUCGAGUUCCUUGGCCAUGUUGGAGGAAUGGGCAUCGACAUGGAGAUGUCCAAGAACUUCCAGCGCAUCCUUCAGAAGCAGGGCAUGAAGUUCAAACUAGGCACAAAGGUCAUGGGAGCGACCAGAAGAGCAGACGGACAGAUUGAUGUUGCGGUUGAAGCCGCAGCUGGUGGCAAAAAUGAGACGCUGACCUGCGACGUCCUGCUGGUGUGCAUCGGCCGCCGGCCCUUCACCCAGAACCUGGGGCUGGAGUCUGUGGGCAUUGAGCUGGACAACAGAGGCAGGAUCCCGGUCAACAACCGCUUCCAGAGCAAAGUCCCCAGUAUCUUUGCCAUUGGUGACGUGGUGGCCGGGCCCAUGCUUGCCCACAAGGCAGAGGACGAGGGCAUAAUCUGUGUGGAGGGCAUGGCGGGUGGCGCAGUGCACAUCGAUUACAACUGUGUGCCCUCGGUCAUCUACACACACCCUGAGGUGGCAUGGGUGGGCAAGACCGAGGAGCAGCUCAAGGAGGAGGGCGUCCCAUAUAAGGUUGGCAAAUUCCCCUUUGCGGCAAACAGCAGAGCCAAGACCAAUGCAGACACUGACGGACUGGUGAAGAUUCUGAGCCAUAAGGAGACGGACAGGAUGUUGGGCUCUCACAUCCUGGGAACGGGCGCAGGAGAGAUGAUCAAUGAAGCAACGUUAGCAAUGGAAUAUGGAGCAUCGUGUGAGGAUGUGGCCAGAGUCUGCCACGCCCAUCCUACUGUGUCAGAGGCCUUCAGAGAAGCCAACCUUGCAGCUUCAUUUGGGAAAGCCAUCAACUUCUAGGCCCCCAUGUGAUCCCAUGCACUGUACAUAAAUGUCUGCUGCUCAGCCAGCUUGGAACUGUCCACACGCACACUCUGGAAGCCCUUACCCCCCGCUGGUCAAGACUUUCCCCACAUCCAUACAUACCAUGAAGGUGUACGUUGUAUAACAUUUAGUAUAUUAUUAUUUAAUACAUGUUUUAAUAAAGGGGUUUGGGUAAAAAAAAAAAAAGAAA